AUGAUACUCUUCGCGGUUUUGGUCCUAAUACCGUAUCUCUGCUCGAUUUCCCUGGUGACCGGUGUUGAAACAACGUCGUGGGAGUCUACGGUUAAUGAGCCAGCGGUGCGCAUCGUCGGCGGGGAGAUCACCAGCAUCAAGAAUUAUCCAUUUAGCGUAUGCGUGCGACGCGCCCAUUUCUCUCACGCACACAAGCCCCUUAACCUUUCACCUUUGCGAAGAACAUCGGUACCGUCACCCACACUUCCGCGGAUGCGUAAUAUGACGACUCUGACGUCAAUGACGUGGAAAGGGUUUCUCGACGGCACGUGGAUAGCGGAGAAUCCACGCUAUUUCUAUGUGAUAGCCGGCGCGACCUACGUGUAUUUACCAAGUUGGGGUUCCACGCAGGUGGAAUUGGUAGACAAGACAUUGCCGCACGCAGAGUUUCGAUUCUCGGACAUGCGAAAUGAUAUUGGAUUGUUCAGGCUGAAGAGACCUCUUUAUAGAAACGAGUAUGUCCAAUACGUUACGCUUCCGCCGAUGUACCUCACGGAUAUAUUCCAGAAAUACACGGAAGAUUGUGUCGCGAUUGGAUGGGGUCGACACAUACCCUAUUCAAAAAAAGGAAGCGGUACGUAUUUGCGACACGUUCGAAUUCCAUUAGUCCCGCCUGACAAAUGUCCUAUGCCGAAUGUGCACAAAGAAAAGCAAUUAUGCGCGGGUGUAUUGGAAGGUGGUCGCGACGCCUGUCAGGGUGACAGCGGUGGACCAUUGUUAUGCAAUGGAACGCAAGUCGGUAUUGUCUCUUGGGGCGAAGGAUGUGCUCGUCCGAAUAAAACGGGUGUUUAUUCUCGUGUGGAUUUUUAUUUACAAUGGUUAAAUGAAACUAUUACUCAAAAUGGAGCCGCGAAAUAUUCUUUCCAAAAUAUUAUAAUUGUUUGCAGCUUACUGCCUAUAUACUUUAUCGAUAUAAUAUAUUGA